GGGGAGAAUUUGGGGAAGAAGGGAGGUCGGGGGGUGUGGGGUGGCACUCUUCCUGCCUUUGUGUCGCUUUGUUGCCCGUUUGUGUUCCCAGGGUCCCGAACGGCGGUGACCGGCUGGAGGCAGGGGGUGGUGGUGCUGCAGGAGCUGUGCCGGCGGUGGCCGGUGCUCACUCACCGAGCUGCACCUCUGUGGCUUCUAGGGGCAGUGAAACUUCCCACCCAUCACUUCUAGGUUUUUAUGGCUCUCUCUCAAUGUGUGGCUCUUCUGGAAAACCUUCCUGCUCUAUUAUCGAGGGCUCCAGUACUAUUAUUUGCAUCAGAUGUUAGGGGAUUGUGUGUUAGCAGAGCUUCAGCAUCUGUCCUCAAUCUCAACUGCUGCCUGGUCCUUUUACCAAUGUGCCGUGUUCUCUUGGCCUUCCUCCGAGGGUCUCAGAAGGUUGCCAGCAGGAAAACCAGAAGGCUGAUAGACAAAAGUAAAACUUUCCAUGUGACAUGUGGUGUAACAAUAUGCAUCUUUUCAGUCUUACAUGUUGCUGCUCAUCUGGUAAAUGCUCUUAACUUCUCUGAGAACUACAAUGAAGACUUUCUGGCAAUAAAUGCAGCACACUACCGUGGUGAGGACCCAAGGAAACUGCUUUUUGCUACUGUUCCAGGUCUGACUGGAGUCUUUAUGGUGCUAGUAUUAUUCCUAAUGUGUACAGCUUCUACGUAUGCCAUCAGGAUUUCAAACUAUGACAUCUUCUGGUAUACACACAACCUUUUCUUUGUCUUCUAUAUGCUGCUGAUGCUGCAUGUUUCGGGGGGUGUGCUCAAGUACCAGACCAACUUAGAGGAACACCCUCCUGGUUGCUUUAAUCCUAACAAAACACUCCGAGAGAACAUGACAGUGCCAAAGGCUUUUGAAGAGCCGUUUCCUAACCAUACUACUGAACCUUUCCCAGAGGACUUAUCAGUACCAGAACCCUUUGUACAAAAUAACUUUAUGAGAAUUUGUUCCGAGGAACCCAAGUUCCAGUCACACUUCCCAGAGACUUGGUUUUGGAUUUCUGGACCUCUCUGCUUGUACUGUGUAGAACGGCUGUACCGCUACAUCCGCAGCAAUAAGCCGGUCACAAUAACUUCAGUGAUAAGCCAUCCCUCCAAUGUCCUUGAAGUAAGGAUGAUCAAAGAUGACUUCCAAGCAAGGCCUGGCCAGUAUGUUAUUCUACACUGUCCGAGAGUGUCUGGACUGGAAAGCCACCCAUUCACCCUUACAAUGUGCCCUACAGAUACCAAAGCAACGUUUGGGGUCCACCUUAAGGUAGUGGGAGACUGGACAGAAAGAUUUCGGGAUUUACUGCUUCUACAUUCAAAUCAAGACACAGAGAUUCUGCCCAUCUUUCAGCAGAGGCGCUAUCCCAAACUGUAUGUGGAUGGACCUUUUGGAAGUCCCUUUGAGGAAUCCCUGAACUAUGAGGUCAGCCUCUGCGUGGCUGGUGGUAUUGGAGUUACGCCAUUCGCAUCGGUACUCAACACACUGCUUGAUGGCUGGAAACGCUACAAGCUGAGAAGACUCUACUUCAUUUGGGUGUGCAGGGAUGUUGAAUCUUUCCGCUGGUUUGCAGAUUUGCUCUGUAUGCUGCAUGACAAGCUUUGGCAAGAGAAUCGACCAGACUAUAUAAAUAUCCAGCUGUACCUCAGUCAAACAGAUGGAAUACAGAAAAUAAUUGGUGAGAAAUAUCAAGCCCUAAACUCAAGGCUUUUGAUUGGACGACCCCGGUGGAAGCUCCUCUUCGAUGAAAUAGCAAAGUGUAACAGGCGGAAGACCAUUGGAGUUUUCUGUUGUGGACCAAACAAAAUCUCUAAGAUACUUCAUAAACUGAGCAACAGCAGCAACUCUUAUGGGACAAGGCUGGAAGGAUCAUUAUUUUCCUAUUGGAUCUCCUUCAUCUGUCCCUGUAAAACUGGAGGUAUGCAGAAAAGUGUCAGAUCCUUUUUAAUCACUAAUAUUUCUAAUAGUGCCUGCAUGGAUUUCAUAAUAAGCAUAACACUGAUGGCAACAUGCAUAAAUGUCAGGUAUUGCCUGCACUGUCAGCUUUUGUGUUUGUUUGCAGUUAGCUUAAAGCAUGACUGCAAUCAUGACUGCAUCUGUUAACUACAACCACACAGUGAUCAUUUUCCUCUCGUUUUAGGAUCUAGUGUCUAAUGAUUUUUAAAUACAGUGUAGAGUCAUCUAAUCACGAUGUUCUUUGUGGAUUCACAUCUCCUCUCUGAUAGAUAUCGGUUCCAUUACUGUAUAAUGAGCAGCUAGUUUUGUAGUUGGUUCUGUGCUAAAACAGAUGAUAUUUUCUGGCUCAGCUCUUACAUAGGUAGUAUUUUAUAAUUAAUAAUAAUAGUCCUGUGCUCUUGCUCUGAAUACUAGCAGGAGCUGACACUGUGGAGGAAUGUUAUCUCCUGUCGUUACAUGCUGUCAGAGCAAGAUGCAGGCAGAGGCACACUCUCCUCUUUCUGCCUCUGUCCUAUGCCAACCUCAGCUGACCUACUUGUAAAACAGGCUGGGGACUGUCUACCUGUCUGGAGUGUUGUGAGGCGUAAUUAAUGUUUUUGGGAUCACUUCAGUGCACCUGCAGUGAAAAGGUCUGUGUAAUUGCUAUUCAACAGUGUUUGUGUUUUAUUUUCGUAAAGCUUUGUUUGACUGAGCCUUUCUGUUGCUUGUGUGAGUAUUGCUAGACCGGAUAAGUGUGGAUUUGGGGAAAGGUUAAAAGCUUCAGUUGCUCUUUUCCUUUUCUUUGUGCUGUGCUUUUUAGAGGAGCAGAAAGUUUAAGGGUUAGUGACUGUGACUUGGUUUCAGGAAUGGCAAAUGUUACUGAUAAAGGCAGUCGGGCUGCAUUCUCCUUGCUGCUUUUUCAUGUGUCACUAGCUUGCAAAACUGAGCUGAGCUUGCUUUUAAACUAUGCAGUGUUUCUCUCUGUAAGCCAAGCGUACAUGAAAAUAUUAACUUGGUGCCAGACAAGUAAGUGAAGGCUGACAGCACUUAAUUCCACGUUCACAGAUCAACCGGAUUUACGUAAUUGAAUGUCUCUUUACGCAUUAAACUGAGUCGUGGAAGUGAGUUUGUCAUAAGCUUCUUGCUGGCAGGGGAAGGAUUCCACCCUGUGUUAUGCCACUUCUUGUUUAGUUGUCCCAAAUCUUCAGACCACUCAUUGGGUCUUUGUGUUUUAUUCAUCAUAAAUGUUUCAUGAUUCAUAAAUGUUUAUUUAAAACAGGAGGGUUUCAUGCCAUGAUUGAAGCCAAACCCUUUCUCUGCAAGGAGAGUCCAGCCCUCUCAUACAACAGUAUGAAACCUUUACACAGCUAACAGCUGAAUAGUGAGUCAGAUUUACUCGAGCAAUCCUGUUCUCACAGCACGGAGAUUACUUGUCUGAGUAAAUGUUCACUGCCCUAGUGAAGGGCUGCAGAGGUGAGCCCUGAUGGAGCGUGGGAAGGCCUGAUGGGGAGUGAUCUUCACCUCCAAGGUCUGAAGGCCAGUCCUUCUCUCUCCAUGAUGAUUAUUCCAGCAAUUUGGAGUGGCACUUUGCCUAACAUACCCUGUUUCUGCAUAUAGUACUGAGUGCAUGAAAAGUCUUCCUUGGUCUUUUAUCUCUUCUAUGGGAUGUUAGCUUUUAUGCUCUUCUAAGGGAUGGCACUAAAAGGAAUAUGAGAGAGACCCCUACAUGCAACCUUGAACCUGGGCUAGGAUGAGGAGACCAGGGUAUAACACAGCCUCUUAGCUGAUGACUGUGAUGACCUGGUAGAAAGUUUAAGCGAAAUAUGCUUUUCUGCAAAAUGCUGUUUGUUUUGCCACAACAAACUAGAGAACAAUUGCUGUUAAGGGAAAGGAGAUAAGCCCUCUUUCUGUUUGAAGACUCCUGCCCACGUGAGCCUGAUGGGAUGGAAGAUGCGUAUGAAAGCACUGCACACAUUCAGCUUCUACUAGCACUGCGGUGUGCACACACUGCAUCGCUGUCACGGGCUUACUACCUCAGCACUCAGCCCCCAGCAUUAUUCUUGUCUGCAGAUCUUCACCUGUCUUGUUGCUAGAUGUGUCUUGCAGGUGAGAGAGGUACUGCAUAUGCUUGCAUGCAUGCAGAGUCUGAUACAAGCACAGAUCAACCUGUGAGCAUGUUGUGCAGCCAAUACAAACAGGUGCAGAAUUGUCCCUUUGCCCCUAAUGCUUCUCGCACAUAGGUGAGAAAGAGAUUUGGAGCUGGCUGAGAAGGGGUAAAUAAUCUGAGUGGUAGCCUGGCCCCUUGGGACAUAGUAAUUCGGCUGUAAAAAAACUAAAAAAUCAGAGAAGCAAUGGUUUGGUAAGAAAUUUGUUUUUAGAGCAGAAGCCUAAGAGAAAAGCCUCUACACAACACUAACACGCUAGGUUAUAGUUUCAAACUCUAAGCCAUUGCUUAGAGAAGCCAGCAGGAGGCUAACUAGUCAUUGCCAGUAGGAGCCUGAGCCCCUUAAGUCAGAGCAGACACAAAGUUAUUAAAAUGCAAUGUUUACUUGUUUAAAAAAUAAAAGGGCUUCUAGGGAGAUUAAUUUUCACUUCAGCCUGGCAAUCAUUUCAUAAACAUGCCAGUGUGAUUUAAGACAAGCUGGAUCUGUUCUUCUCUGGAUUAUGCAGAGAAGAUUUGUCUGCAAAAUUCCCACCCCUCACAAAUAAAAGCAGUUUUAUUGUUUUAACAAAGAUGAUUUAACAGCAAAGUUUAAUCAAAAUGCCACUGGCGCUUGUGCUGAACUGAGCUUUUCUGUAAUGAAUGUACAUUUAUCAGGGAUAUAUAGAAUACAGCUGAGGUCUCAACUUUGAAUGGUGAUUUGGGGUUUGAGUCAUUUCUGCUGCUGGUGUAUUUCAUUAAAGCCACUGUGAUGGUGCACUAGUGGAUACAUACAUGGAGCUGAAAUGAGACUUUUGAAAUUCCCAUGAAGAACCUGUUCCUUAACUAAGCACACUAAAUCCCAGAAGUCUGGAAUUUCCUUCAUAGGUACAGGAGAUUGUUUAGCCAGCAUCAUUAAGGUUGAACCCUGAGUCCUCUGCUAGACUCACAAAUAGUAAUGAAUGCUCUUAGAAAAGGUUUUGAGCAACAAAUGCUUCUUCAAGAGCUGGCUGAACAUUUGUAAAGGUUUAGUAUUCUGCUAGCUGUAUCACACAUGUUGUAAGCGACAUGGGGAUCUGUUUUGGUCCCGUGGAAAUGCUGUGCACUUCCUCUGAAGGUUAUGAAUAGCUCCAAACUUGCAGUGGACGCUCAAGGUUUGUAGUGUAGCAUUAUAUUCUCCAGAAUGAUUGUGUUUGUAUGCUGUACAAACAGCAAAAGAUCUCCCAUUAUUUGGAGGAUACAGGGAGAAAGCUGGUGGAAGAGACUCAUCCCAAUUGAAGGUUGUCUCUUAACAGAACCCUUGGGUUUCUGAGGGUGUCAGACCUUACAAAAAUGCUAAGAAUAUUCCAACUGCUCUUUCUGCUUUUUUUUUUUUUUUUUUUUCCUGCCUGUCCAGCGUCCUGAAAUCUGCACCAUCCUCCUAAUGAUCUGCACUGUCACACCAGGAGGGGGAAGUCAUGAGUAGCUCCUGAAGCUUCAGGAGAAUUGCUGUCAACAGAGGAGCAAACCAAGGAGGGCAGGAGAGGAUGAUAAAUUCCAGCACUGAACAGUCUGAAAUAUUUAGAACCUGGAAGUAAAAGGGAAGGAGAGAGUCAUUCUUCCUGGCUCCUAAAUUCCAGACAGUGAAAGCAAACCCCAUUGCCUGAUGUGAAUGCAAAGUCUCCCUGGGAUUUGAGAACUAAUGUAUGCAGAGAUAGCCUUUCAGUGCACAACUCAAAGCUAAGCACAGAAGUAAACUAGUAUAUUUUAGUAAAUGCCUUCAAAAUAAGUAAUUUUUGAAAUAAAUCUAUCAUUGUCACUCUCUAGUUAACCUGUUUCAAGAGCUACCUAUUUCUGUUUUGCAGCUUUUGGGUUGGGUAUGGCUUUUUGUGUUAACUCCUUUUCACCAAAUUCCUAGAGUAUAUAGUUCUCCAUGCUAGCUGUCAGUAGCCUUAACAGUUUAAUAAAUACAUUUUGUGUUUGUUGCUGCUGUGACCCUAGGUACAGACAGCCUUGAAGAUGCGAAGCAGUGUUACAUAAAUGUGUAGUGUACAUAGCAACACUGAGAAGAGGGAUGCUGCUGCAUUGCUUUUGGUGCACCAGUCACACAUUAAAAUUCUGUCAUUGCAAGGUCGUGUUGCUUGUCUCAUACUCUACAACCCUGGGGAAGAAAUUUGGAGGACAGGUGGGGAAGGAAGAUCGAAAACUUCUUCCUUGUGCUGUAGCCAAUAAUAUAUUCAUCGACAGCAAGGCAUUUCUGUCUGUUUCCAAAGAGCCUGUCAUUUCUUUUUCAGGGAUAAAGGAUUUUCUGCUGGUGCUGAGUAGUGGUGUUUGCAUGUUAUAAAUGUAGCACAGUGAUAAUGUGUCGCUUCUGAACUGAAUAAAUAACACCUCUGAGCCCUUUCUUCUCCCUUAAAUAAUCUAGGAGAAAUGCAAAAUACCAGAGAGCAUGCAGAGUGGACUGUGUCCUGAGCUGCUCUCAGUGCAGCCAGGUUAGCAGUGCUGCACAGAAACCCUGCAAGCUGCUGGGAAGAAGGAAACGAGGUUUGGGCAAAGAAGAUAACAACUCUUUAAGGAGAAGCACUACAGUGAUACAUGAUCUGUAGCCAGAAAGAGGCCAUGUUGCAACGUUGACUGUCACAUCUGUGCAUGGUGCUGAGUCAGAGCCUACCUUAAAAGUACACUUAGCAUCGGGGAGAGUUGAGGGCUCUCAGACUGUGUCUGCAGUGAGAUGAAAACAGUUUUUAAUGCAGCUGGGUUAGCCACCUGUGUGCAGUGUCCAGCUUGCAGCCUGGACUUGUCAUACCUGAGGGCAAACUCCAUAGAUGAUGAGUUGGUCUCAGACACGAGUGCAGUCUCAGAUGCCUGGCUAACUGAGGGUAUGGACACACCCUUUGUAUUUCUCUGGCUCUGAAAAAGCAAGUUGCUCAGUGACUGGGGAGCAGGGAGUUAUCAUUAGGGGUCAGAUGCUCAAAAACAUGUACUUUCCUAGUAAAUGCAACAGCCUGAACAGGUAAGGAUGAUGAGUGCCAAUUUCCAUCAGUAAAUGUAUAUAACCCACCCAUAUUUGUACUAGUGUUCACAGGGAACAAAGAGAGAAUUCUGCAGAGAAGGUACAAGUGCCAUGUUUUUCCUUUGUUGUGUCAGAACAACAUAAUUAGCUGAUGAAAAAAAAUCAAAAUUAAUAGGAAGAUUCACCCAUGGCAUUCUUUUUGAUUGCUUGAGCACUUGUAAUUGGUCAACUCAUGCUUUUUGAGAGAAACUUAAUAAACAUAAUGCCCUAAAGGAAAGAUAAAAAAUGUGGCUUAGAUGCAGUAUGGCAAAGGGUCUCCACCCGACAGUGAAGUAUCAUUGUCUGUUGGAGCUGGAGGCAUUGGUGCUUUCAUUAAUCUCAGCCUUUUCCCACUCUGUGAAAGCUGAGCUUUCAGCUCCAUCUUUUUCUCUCUGCAUACCUCCAUUCUGUGUAUGGCGUAGUGCUCUCACCUCUGGAUUACUGGAAACAAACUCAUCUGUAUGUCAUAUAAUCACAGAAUCACAAAAUGGUUUGGGUUGGAAGGGACAUUUAAAGAUCAUCCAGUGUCUUCCUUUUCUGCUGUCACUUCCCUGCCUCAACAGCACGUGUUGUGUCUAAGAGGCUUCUCCCAUCCUGUGCGUCUCUUAACUCAGGAAAAUUCUACUGUGAAAAAUGCUGAGAUUGGUUUAGUCUUAGCCAUAGUCAUGACCAUAGUCACUAGCCUUUGUAACUCUUAUAACGUACCUGAUCACGGAGGGUCUUCUAGCUUUAGGUAAGUGAUGGGAUGCAGGAUCCUAAACCUGAAGAUACUUUUUUAGAAUGGGAAGAGAGGCAGUGCCACAACAAUGGGAAAACAGAAAAUGGGAAAAACACAUAAUAACAAAGAUUAUAUCAUCUGGUGUAUGAGCAACAGGAACCCAUCUGGUGAAAUUCAGAUCGUUUGUGGCCAUCCCUGACAUGUUUCUGCUUUCACACAUAGGCGUUGCAGGACAGUGGGCAGUGAUGGAAGUGGUUGCUUCUUACAAUGACAUCCUCUAUCUCCAUACAGCUCCUAGUUUAUCAACUGCAUAUAAAUUCCUUCUUUCACUGAUUAAAUGUUUCCUCACCUGGUUCCUUUGCUUCAGGGAGCCUGAGAGCUCAUUGUUUAUAAAGAGAGAGAAGAAGGAUUGUGCUGUUAAGCAGACCACUCCCAACACAUACGUUCUGCUCUGCAUCCUUGAGGAGGCACUGAUGCUGCUGCAGCUGCAGAAGGGCAGAGCUUUACUGAGAUUCAGAGGCAACAAAGAGCUUCUUCCAGGAUUCUUGUGUUGUUAAAGCUCUCGGCUUACUAACUGUUUUUUUUUUCCUUUAGUUUUAAUUAGCUUUAGCGCACCAGUGCUAGGCUGCGAGACCCUUAAUCCUACUGAGCUUUUCCCUCCCCAUGUUCCUUCCAGUCACUUGCAAGAGCAAAUUUGAUGAAGUUCAUGUGGGUUAGGAAAGGUUUCCUUGGUCUGUGAGAAUUUAGGAGAAAAGUCAUAACUGUGACAUUUUUAUUCAAACUGAGAUAUAUAGAUAGGGCCAGCUAUAUUUAUUUCAUAAUGUGCAUAUGUUCUUGUGCAUGGAUUUCUUUAAGAUUCUAUGAUUUUACAAUAUUUAUAUACUAUUUUCAGAAUUUUCAGAACAAAAAAAUCCACCGACGGUUUGCUUAGGAAAUGUCAGCAUGUCCCAAACAUCUCUAUUUAUUAAAAAAAAAAAAAAAGAAAAAAGAUUCUUUGAAGUUUCUUUGAGGAGGAGAAAUUUCUGGAAAACAGCACACACCACAUUCAGAUGCAGCAAACUAUUAUUUUCUAAUGGCAAAACAUUCUUUGUGUUUUUUUGUUUUGUUUUGUUUUGUGUGUGUGUGUGUGUGGCUUUUUUUUUUUCUUCCCAGCCUUCACUGAUGAAAAGUACUGUUCAAACUACACAAGGCACUACCACAAUCUGAGCAUAGAUAAGCGAAUGCCUUUUAAAGCAAAGCACCUUUAGUAAUUUGUCUGUCUGACCCCUCAGGAUGGUAUUUGUGACACAUUUAGAGCUGGGCUGCCCUAUAACUUGAGCCCAGGUAUGAGCAGGCUGCUGGGGGCUUGCUGGACUUGUUGGCACCCACCAGACCUCCUGGGAGAGACACGUGCUGAGGGCAGGCAGCGUGUUGGGCAUUGUCUUCAGCCACAGGUUACCUCGUAAUGGCUUGUGAGUUGAUGAGGAUAUAGAGUUAUAGAAAGGAGGAAGACAAUUUCAAUCUCACUUCAGAUACUUUGGGACUCAGAAGAUGUGGAAGAGCUUAACGUGGCUAGUGUCCAAGAGCUGGGGUGCACUGAUACAAGACUGGGGUGUCCUGUGGAGACCUUGGCCUGUGGUCCCACUGUUAAAUGACUUCAGUGGACGAGUUUGCUACAUGGAUAGAAAAUAAUUAACCACAAUCCAGUCUUGGGAAGGACUGACUUUAGAUGAAAAUAUCUACAUCACUAAAAUUUGGAAAAGGCAAUAAAUAACAUUCAACUUCCCAAUGUUUUCCUUUUAGGAAAGGAAAACUGUUUCACUACGGACCAUAUUCUUACCUUAUUCUUAUGCAGUCUCUUCCCUGUCCCAAAAGCAAGAGGCCAGAAAAUUUGUCCUGAAUUUCCAAUUCUGUAAUUAUUUAAUUUUCCUACUAGAGCUGAAUUAGAAAGAAAGUAUUAAAAAGGAAGGUGACAUUUACUUCUUUAUCUGUAUACAAUGUGCAAGAUAACCAUUUUGGAAAGUAAAUAAAUAAAUGUCCAUGCUUUUAAGGAUUCAGUGUUCUUUUCAGAGAUCCCUGUUUACAUUAAUGCAAUUUCAAUCUGUUCAUAUGUUUUUACAGAUCAGGAUGUGGUAUGAUUCUUUGAAGGGUAAUGACUGCUUAGUUUCCAAGCGGAACAGAAAGCAAAAUUUGGUCCUGAACUUUAAUUUACAUUUUUUCCCCCAGGCUUGGCUUUAAGAACAAGAGUAGUACUUAGAGGGUUCCUGCCAAUAGCAAGUCAUACUCUUGUCAUAUGAAAUACCCCGUUUUGUAGCUUCAGUUUGCUGCCCCCCAGCAAGACACAGGACCUGUGUUUCACUGGCUGGAAGCAUUUAAAUAAGUCUCUACUAUGAGCGCGUGCCUAGUAGACCUUCUUGUAAGAGUAAGCAAUAAGAUUUUUGAUUCUAUGUGUCCCCAUCAAAUGAAGUAAAACGUUUACCAGUUAGAUGUAUAACAAGGCACAGGUACAAAGUUGAUCAUAAAAAGUCUUGUUUGUUUUGUUUUGUUUUGUUAUUAUUCUCUCAUUUUUCUGAGUCAUGGAGAAAUCUUUUCCCUUAGUGCUCCUUUCUUAAUUACACAGUUUUGUGAAGGCAGGUGCAAACUAUUGGCUAAAGAAGAGAUAAGACAGGGAGGAAUCCAGGACUCUAUCUGAUGUUCUUGUAGAGUUAACUUACAAACCAACCACUCUUCUUUGAUUUUCAGAAACAUGAGGAAUCCAAAUUCUCUGAAGUUUUGAUACCCAGAUGCAUUAAAAUCUCAUGUUUUGUUUGCCACGUCACACUUGACUUUGCCUGGCAUCACAACCUGUUGUUAUACCAAGUGCUUGUGAAUCCCUAGUUUUUCUUUUCAAACUUGUUUAGCUAAAUUGCAAGAUCCUGGUUGCAGUAAGGAAAAGAUGCUUCUUUCCAAACAUAUUAGACUGAGUUAGCCAUUUUAUGUUAAUGGCAAUGCUGGCAAGUAAAGUAUUCAGCUGCUGAGUUCUGUUGCUGUUCAGAUGUUACUGUUGCAUUCUGUUAUACUAGCAGGACGCCCUAACUUGAGUUUAUGUCACGUAUUGUAUUUGACAAAGCACCAUACAUUUACUUGUCAUGUAAUUAUAGCACUGUACUCUCAAGGUAUUUGUUUUACAGGAUGCUUCAUGACUUUGGAAUAAACAAGCAUUCCAAGACUGAUCAAAACAUGGUUGAGUUGCUGUUUGUGACCUGGUUUUAAUUAAUGAAAUACUGCUUUAAUCAUGGAAGCAUUGUGUAUGUGCAUAUAUACAUAGAUAUUACUGCUGUCAGGGGAAGAUGGGAUUUCACUGCUUAAACACAUAUGCUACAGAACACCCAUGAUCCUCUGGAACAGCGAGCCAGAAGUACCGAAAUGAUGCUAGACACCCUUGUUUAGUCACCCAGUGCCAUUUUCUGUACAUUUUAGGCAUGUGCUUACUUCAUGUGCCAUCUCGUGGAAUUUCUGAUAAAUCAUUUGAAAUGAAGGACUGUGACAGAUACAUUCCUUUUGUAUCACUGACUGUGUGACCAUCCCAGAAGCAGGAUGAAUUUAUUUAAUUCUCAUACGCAGUCAUGCUGCUACUGUAACUUAGGAGAACACCAUUCCCUUGCACUCUGCAUCAUGUCUUUGCCCUUUUAGAGCACAGUGGGAAUAGAAAACAGUAGCUGCCUAAACCCACUAAAAUCAAUGAGGAACGAAGUUCCCUCCCAUACCAGAAGUGUAUAGAAAUCCUUCUGACUUAAUAUGAGCACUUGAGGUCCUAACUGAGUGAAACAAAGUGGGCAUUUGCUUUAGUCUGCUCAGUCUGGUAAAGUAUUUUACAGUGUGUUUUAUUUGAAGUACCUGCUCAAACCACAUUGCUUUUGAUAGAACUUAAUAGAGAGCUGAUAUUUCACUAUGAUCUUCAAGACACUGCCAAUUCUACAGCGUAUCUGAAACCAAAUUGUUUUAAAAUUCAUAAUCCACUUCUCAGGAAUGUUGUUAGGAGUCUUUGUGGUGCACCAAGGUCCAAGGCACCCACUCAAUCAAUCUGCAAAAUGUUGAAUGUCCUGGUAAUGGUAACUGUCCACCUAAUUAUUUCUGCAUUGGCAGUGUUAUUUUUUCAUGAAAAUUCCGUGUAAAACAUGUAUUAUUUCAGUGGGAAAAAAAAAAAGUGUAUAGACUCUUGAGAUUUCAGAAUUGCUGUCAAAAGUUCUGGUUCAUUAUUUAUUUUUGAGAAGUAAGGGAUACACAAUUAAACUGCAUAUAUCAAUCUCAA